GUUGCGUUGUUUAAUUUGAGCUGACGCGCGCGACGUGUCGCCCCGCGACGAACACGGCGAGAUUCGUUCGCCAUCGCGACGCGAAAUCGGAGAAGUCUCGUCCUUCUCGUCUCGACAGUAUACAGACGCUCUCUUUCUCUCUCACUCUCUUUUCCCCUUCGUCUGUCUUUUUGUCUCUCUCUCUCUCUCCUUCCCUGUCUCUCUCUCUCUCUCCCCCCUCUCUUUCUCGAUAUACAUAUUUUUCGGCGUGGCGACGCGCGAUUUAAAGAACCAGGGAGGAAAAAUCGCACGCGACGACCUCGCGCGGUAGUCGCGCCGUCGAAAUUCCCGUCGCGCGUCCCUCCACGCGCAUUUCGUCCCGUCGUCGUCGUCGUCGCCGCAUCCGCACGGUCACGGGCCACGUCGUUUUCUUAUGUAAUUUCCACGAGUGCAUCCACGGAGUGCGCGUACACCAUGUUGUGAUACCGUGUGCCGAGUGAUGCCGUGGCCAUUUUCGUGCUUGCUCUCGGAUUUCGUAAUCGUUAUCAGCUCCAUAUUUGAAUUCAACAAGUAAUGCAGGCCGACACGCGUCCUGUCGUAGCGGCCCGCGGAGCGGUCCCGCGCCGUCGCGUCCACCAGAUGCGAGAUCGCCGCGCGGGGCCGCCGGGCUCCCGUGACCAAAAGACUCUACCCAACAUGCCACCGGAUAGGCCAGAUGCAUCAGGUAUUGAAGCUGACAUAGAAUUGAAUUCUACUCAGGAUUUUAGUUUCGGGAAGGCAGCCUAUACGAUGAACGACAAAGAAAAGGAGAACGCCAGUGUGCUGGCCGAAACGAAAGCGACCAACAACGAAUGCCCGAGCGAAAUUCCCAGGUGUGAGAAGUCCAUCGAGAAGAACAAUCAGUCGGACGACGAGCUGACCUCGCUCAGCUGGCUGCAUCAGCAGAACUUACUUAAGGGUUUAGAGAUCUCUAACCCGUCCAAGGACAUGAAGCAUGAGAACAUGCUGAACAACAAUGUCUGCGACGAUAUGGCCGACUUUUCCGAGAACACGAAUUCCAUAUCGAGCUUGGACGAUAGUUUCUGUCCAGAGAGUAACGGAAAAACGAGUGUCGUAACGCUGAACGGAAAUGGACAAAACUAUCAGCAUCCCGCGAAAAAUUGUCAAAAGUCGAUGCAUAUAUUUCAGGAUCAGUCUGUGAAAAGUCACUGCAAUACAUCACCAAGUAAUCAAACGAAGAUUUCUUUGAGCAACAAUAAUUUGCCAAUGUCUAAUCGCAACAAGCAUCCUACCCAUAUACCGUAUGAUCCUCAUUUACACAGAAAUAGUAAACCACCGUAUUCAUUCUCCUGCCUGAUAUUUAUGGCCAUCGAAAACAGUCCCGUAAAAGCGCUACCGGUGAAGGAGGUUUACGCCUGGAUCUUGGACCACUUCCCGUAUUUUCGGAAUGCCCCCACCGGCUGGAAAAAUUCCGUCAGGCACAAUCUGAGCCUGAACAAGUGCUUUCGCAAGGUGGAGAAAGCUCCGAAUUUGGGCAAAGGAUCGUUGUGGAUGGUAGACGCGCAGUACCGCCCGAAUCUGGUGCAAGCGUUGUCCCGCGCCCCCUUCCCGCCACCCACCACUCAGAAUCUAUCUUCGUCGGAGAAGACGCCUAGGAAAUGCGCGAACACGCGUCUCCCAGAUCCCGUUCUCUUUCCGUACCUAUCCAAAAGACUGGCCUCUAGCAAUAUCAGCGAUAGCACAGAAACCGAGAUUGAUAGCGACGUCGAUGCUGCGGCGGCUGCUAUGCUUUCUUUCAAACACGGACCUAUCAUUUUGAAUCACAAUAAAGACCGUAAGCGGAAAUUGUCGGAAUCCGAGAAGUUAGUGCCUGUAAUCACUAGGAGUUCCAGCGAAGAUCACACUUACAGCUGUAUCACCUCGUUAAAACUGGAAAGCAAAAAUCCGAACGAGGACGAGACGAAUCCGGACUUCGACGAACAAAGGAAGAUCGCGGAGGGUGCGGACGCGCUUUUGAAUCUGGCCGGUGUCAGUACAACGCUAAGUCACUGUAGAACGCAUCACGUGCCGUCGCAAGACAUCAGCCCAGCGCCGUCUAGAGUGGAGGGGAUUUCGAAACCAAAAAGACGUUCUACUCCGAGUGAUUAUUCAAGUACUCCUGAAAAAAGACGUAAGAGGUGGCGGGAAUGGGGGGAGGGGAGUCGGUACCUAAAGCAAAUUAGGGGUUAACAUUAACAAAUUUUGUUACAUUUCAGAAAGUGUAUAGCAUUGAGAGAAAGAGAGAGAGCGAGAACUUUACAUUUUUGCGCGCGAUUAGUGGGGGGGAAAAAAAACAAAGAAAACUCGAAAAUUCUAUUCGUCCAGUGACGAAUUUUUAAAACGACUUGCGUUUUGUAUAGUAUCGUCAGUUACAAAAUCUCCGUGUAACAUUUGAAAACGUGACAAAACCACUUCUGGCGGUCUUUUUGAUUUUGUUCGAUCACACACAUACACACACACAUACACAUACGCAUACGCGUGAUAGACACAAUAUAUGUGCACGGUAAAUUCUUCCAUAAUUUCUUAGUAUGUGCCGAAGAGAGAACGAGAGUCGGAUGCAUUUCGAAACGAUCGGUGUGGGUUGCUCAGGGUUUACAACAUGCUGUAUGCCAAAAUACAUUCGGUAGCGCUAAACAACAAGCAAUAAAUAGAGACGUAGUGUUAAAGAAAUACUUUUUAAACAUGCUGUUGAAACGAUGAUAACACAUAGUUCGUGGGAUAUCGAUGAAAGAAAUUACGUACCGAACUAAGUAAUGAUAAUGAUAAUCUUUUUAGAACUGUUGUGACGAUUAUACAUAUUAAUUCAUAGAGAGUUUAAUUAAUAAUAGAGUUCUAUAUCAGUUUUUCUUUUGUAGAUAUGUAUAGAGGCAUAAUUAACACAUCCACGAGGUCUCUCGCAAGAGUAACAAGACGAAGGAAGUUACGUUUCGAUGAGACGAAAAAAAAAAAGAAGAAGGGAAAAGAUAAGAAAGAAAGGGAGAAGAAUUAUCUCUCCUAUCUUGUUACUCUUGCAACAGAUCGUGUAUUCGCGCGAUAGAGAAAUCGAUAAUAUAUUUGAAACGAUUACAACGCAUACAUAUUUCUAUGUAUGUGUAUAUAUAUGUACAUAAAAUGUAUGUACGUGCAUAUAUAUGCAGAUGUACACAUUACACGCAUUAAGAUUAACAUACUCAGUCAUGUGUAUACAUAUGUGUACAAGGUGUCCGCAAAUUGUGCUUGGAAACAGCGGUGGAGUUUUAAUUUCAGGAACCGAAUGAUGGAAGUUCCCACACACGCACACAAGUUAGCAUACUUUUAACGGUUGCGGUUUCCCCAUUUGUUUGCGUUUCAAAUUCAAUCGAAUUGCGAGCCGUGCCUGAUCGAUCAACUGCUGUGAAUCGUGCGUAAUUGUACAUACGAUGAUUUUAUUGUAUUCACAAUAGAGACUAAACUUCCGAUUUUCCCCAUUCAAAAGUCUUCUAUUUCUUGGAAUAAAAAGUGGUAAAUAUUUUUAUACUAUUCGGCCUUUCGAAAACUUCCUACGUCGCUUUUGAAUGCGAAGUUGUAGCACACCUUGCACGCACGUACACGCACACACAUACAAGCCAUGUGCAUCGUUGUCUUGUACAACAUACGUGCCACAAACGUAUUAUCAAAAGGAUAAAAAAAAAGAAAACAAAUAUCGAGAUAUACGCUCACACACACAUACAUACACAAAGGAUGGUUCUGAAACGAAGUCUUAUCAUUUCGUCGUGCCCUUUUCUACUCUUUGUGGCUUUCAAUGAUGAUUUUCAACAGUGUUGUACAUAUGUAGACCUAAUGUAUCCACAGACCAGUUUUGGAAUUCAGUUGGAGACUGAAUGUAUUACAAUUAACGCCGAUAAUAUCGAUCGGGUGGGCUACGAAGGAGAGAGAGAGAGAGAGAGAGAGAGAGAGAGAGAGAGAGAGAGAGAGAAAGAGAGAGAGAGAGAGAGAGAGAGAGAGAGAAACGGAUAGCGCUACACAAGGAGACAUCCUAUUUUUAUAAAAGAAAACCGUAAUGCUAAGGUAAAGUUUGAUAAUACCAUGUAAUUGUAAGAUGCGCGCGCCACAGCUGGCUGACGCUUGUGAAAAAAAAGAAAAAAAAUUAGGGCAAACUGGUCUUGCAUACAUUAAAAAAAAGAAAAGAUACGUAGUUCUAUAUAGAGAGAACAUAUAUUUUUACAGGGCGCGCUGCCCGCGUGAUAAAAGCUCUUCCUAAUGAUUCGCUGGUAUGCAGUUUAUUAGCUUAAAUCACUAUAUACAAAGUAUAAAUAUAUAUAUACAUAUGUAUAUAUAUAUAUAUAUAUAUAGUAAUUCGAAUGACAUACGAACACACGCUGUUGUAGCGCAACCUGAUCGAUUUCUACUACAUAUCAUCAAUUCGUGGUGCGUGAAGUUAUACAUGAUAUGCCGAAGCUCUUGUAAGUUCUCACCUCGUUUGCCUCGUUUUCAACAACGGAGUCAUUAACACUGGUUGACUGCCGCCGGGUGUUCACGGGAAGGGGGGGGGAGGGGUACGGAAUAGAGAAUGGCCCCCACUCGAUGAGAUAAAUCAUAAUCACGCGUGGUGUGAUAUAGUUUAGAAAUUGUAAUUACAUUACCUCAUCGUCGCACGCGUUGUGUACCUUCGAUGAUGAUGAUUUCGCUGUGGUGGUGCAUGCUUGAUGUCCGUAUCUACUAUCAUGGUUUAAGUCUGAUCGACGAUCAACUCGACGGGAAUCGACCGGUCGCGUUCGAUCAGUCCCUAACUGGUCCGAAAUGUGACUGGUCGAUUCCGUUGUGAGUUAAUCGUCGAUUAGAUUUCAAGUGCGAUGAUUGCGCAGAAACGAGCAUGAGACGGUAUAAGAUGGUACAAAACUCGCUGCGGGGGGGGGAGGGGGGUAGUCGACUUGUUCACAGAUAUCUCUCGAAGGAGAUAGGAGAUAGAUCGCAGCACAGAACGCUAUUCUUGUAAUUCGUGCGAUCGUAUAAUGUGGGGGUCAAGUAGUACUAUAAAUCAAUGAUGCUCCUGUAAAAUAGUCAACCUGUCACACACACACACAUACACAUACCUUUUCGUUACAUUGCUUCCGUAUGUAAUUGUCGAGAUGUCGGAUGGAUGUCGGUCGUGACCGGCCAAGAGCCUGAAACUUGAAAUUCGAAACGUACAAUGGACUUUGGACAGGAUGCGCUACAGCAAUUACUUUAUGUGAUUGUAGCUAGUCAGCUACGCUACAGAAGAAAACAAAAAAAACACAAUUCAACGUGUAGGUGCAAGAAAGAA